AGUGGUUGGUUGCACAGCAGCGGACAGCAAAGCCAACAGCAUUGGAGCAGAAGCAGCAACAGCAACAGCAGCAACAACUACAGCAGUUGGUAGUGUGUGGUGGCAAUCAAAGUUAAAUUGCUGUUAAAUUGAUAUGUGUUGUUGUUGUGGGCGCCGCUGCCAACAACGAUCAGCAGCCGCAGCAGCGACGACGACGUCAACGACACUCGAAUCAGCAACGCAUUCAACGUCAACGUAAUCCCUGCCACUUGACGAACAACAAGAAGAACUCAGACAACGUGCCCUUUUUUUACAAUGGGACGCCCGAUUAAAAACAAAAAAAAAAAGAAGAAAAUUUACACAAAAAAAAAAAAGAAAAGAGGAGAAAAGAAAAGCCAGCGCGCUCAAGUGCUCAAGUGUUGGCCAAGUCAUUUGUGCGUUCAUUGUAGAGGAUCCGCUGGCUGAAGGAUGACUGUGGCAUAAGGAGCGAAAGCAAAGGCAGCUUAGUGCAACGGCAUCUUCGCCCUCAUAUAAUGUCUGCUAAUAUUUGAAGAGUGCACCGCAUUAAUUGACAAAAAGAGGGCGACUACUUACAAAGGAAGAGAAUGAGUAAGAGAAAGAAUGAAAAGGAACUGCGGAUGCCUAGACUUUGGCUUUUGGUUUGACUUCUAAUGAGCGACGCUCUCUAUUGCCAGUUUGGUGAACCAAUCGAUGCCGGAAGCGGGCAAAAUACGAAUGAUGGUGGCUCGGGCAUUGCGCGUGUGGGAGAAUAAUUCCAAGUUGACAUUUCGCGAAGUGUAUAGCGAUCAGGCGGAUAUACAAGUUCUGUUUGCACGGCGCGAUCACGGCGAUGGCUAUAAAUUCGAUGGACCCGGCCAGGUGCUGGCGCAUGCCUUCUAUCCGGGCGUGGGGCGCGGCGGCGAUGCGCAUUUCGACUCGGAGGAGACGUGGGAGUUCGAUGCCAGCAAUGAUGAUAGUCGUGGCACCAACUUUCUGAAUGUGGCGCUGCAUGAACUGGGGCACUCGCUGGGCCUGGGCCACUCCUCUGUCUCGGAUGCGGUCAUGUUUCCCUGGUAUCAGAACAAUGAGGUCGAUGGCAUAUUGCCCGACGAUGAUCGGAAUGGCAUACAGGAGCUAUACGGUGCCAAGGAUAAGGUUUGGGGACCGUAUCGACCACAACCGACCACCAGCACCAGCACAACAACAACAACAACAACUACAACGAUGCGCUCGCUCACUUACUAUCCACAACAGCGGCCCAACUAUAACAAUAACUAUCCGAACUAUUAUCCCAACUAUUAUCCAAAUAGAGAUCGCACGCGUGAUCGAGAGCGUGAGCGUGAGCGUGAACGUGAGCGCGAAGAGCGACAGCGUGAACGAGAUCGACAACGUGAGGAGCGAGAACGAGAGCGUCAUCGAGAAAUAGAACGAGAACGAGAGCGUGAACAUGAGCGAGAACGAGAUCGUCAACGGGAACGAGAACGAGAACGAGAACGCGAUCGACAGUCAACAACAACAACAACAACAACAACAACAACAACAGCUCCAAUAACAACGAGAACGACAUUAGCAGCGAGAAGAGCAGCAGCCACACAUCCAACUCACAGACCAUACAACUAUCCCACUGUGCAUCGGCACAAUAAACCGCACAAACCACGCAAACCGAAGCCAGACAGUUGCAUGACCAGCUACGAUGCCAUCUCCAUGAUACGCAGAGAGUUGUUCAUCUUUAGAGGACAGUUCCUGUGGCGCAUAGGUGCUAGGGGCUUAUACAAUGGCUACCCGACGGAAACCCGACGUCACUGGGCCGCACUGCCCGAAGACUUCAACAAAGUGGACGCGGUCUAUGAGAAUCAACAGCGUCAGAUUGUCUUCUUCAUAGGUCGACAGUAUUACGUCUUUGAUUCGGUCACCCUGGCGCCGGGCUAUCCUCAGCCAUUGACCAGCUUGGGAUUACCGGCAACACUCACCCAUGUGGAUGCAGCCUUUGUGUGGGGCUACAAUAAUCGCACAUAUUUAACCAGUGGCACGCUGUACUGGCGCAUCGAUGACAAUACGGGCACGGUGGAGCUGGAUUAUCCGCGCGACAUGUCCAUUUGGGCGGGCGUCGGCUACAAUAUCGAUGCAGCAUUCCAGUACACAAACGGCAAGACCUACUUCUUCAAGAACUUGGGCUACUGGGAGUUCAACGAUGAUCGUAUGAAAGUCGCACACGCUCGCCCCAAGCUCUCCUCCCGCAUGUGGAUGCAGUGCGCGCGCAACGUCAACGAUGUCGACGAGGAGCAGCGCUGGACGGCGCCACUGGUAUCCGGAGCCAAUGAGACGACAGAUGGCAGCUCUGCGGCGGCCAGCCCGAGUCAGCAGCGGCAUAGUAUAAUGGGCUUACUUCUAGUUGCACUCACCUGCUUAGCCUGGCGUAGUUAAGAGUGGGAAUGCAGUUGAUCUAUAAAAGUUUAGGCAUAGCUUUAAGCUAAGUUUAAGGCAGAGGUUCUCAAAACAUUACGUCUAACGCCCAUUAUUUUAAAAUAUUUCCUCUACAUUAUCGCAUCUUAAUAAUCACAUUAAACUAUAGAGUCUUAUCUUGUUUCUGUGCCCUUUACCGCCCAUACACGUGUUGGCGGUAUCGUUCGCUUUAAGAAAGACUAUUCCCGCCCAUCAGACAUCCCCAUAUAUAUAUCUAUAUAUAUAUAUAAAUAUAAUCUAUAUACGGUGUGCAUAAAAGCUCUACUGUCAGACAGUAGAUCGCUUCAAUCUGCACCCAGAAGAUACAACACGCAGCGGCCUUACAAAUCUUCUACAUGAAACUCAUCACUUGUGAAAUGCAUCCUGUAUGGAUAAAAAUACAUAAAAAGAAAAACUAUCUAAAACUUGCCAGACGCCAUAUAUGCAACAGAAUAACAGGAUUGCUUAUUUUCGUAACGCAUCAUAUAUUUUAUAAAGUUACGAGUUCUAUGCAUGAUAAUCUAUAGAUAUAUAGUUUUAUACCGAAUCCAGAUGAGAAUUUCUCGAAUUUUCUCAGCCACCACUGCCUUAUAUAAUUAAGUACAGUAUUGCUUCAUAUGAACGAACCGAUUGGCCCGAGCCUAGUAGCUAUGAUCUGCCCGCAUUUGUUUUGUGUUUUUAUUUUGGUUGUAUAAAAAAAAAAAAAAAAACACCUUUCUAAUUAUUUAUAUUUAAAUAAUUGUGGGAUUCCUGAAACUGAUUUAGAUGUGAUCUAGAUUUCGUAAAAGCAAAAUAAGCUAAGGCGCGAAAGCACAAAAUACCGAAUUAAAAUGUGAAAACUAUUUUUAAGCCUUUUAAUAAUAACUUUUUGCUUGGAGAG